AUGAGCAGAAAACGGCAGAGUCUCCUGCGGCUGGAGGCUCUUGGUGGCCUUUCCGACUGUUACAGCGAGGUUGCCACCAUCCGGCCGGACGGCAUCGAUAACGACAGCGAUGCAGGCUGGGAAACUUCCAGCAACAUAAGCACCGAGGUCGUCGUCUUUGAUAAGCCGCCACCGCCAGGUAGCCAUCUUCGGUCUAUCGGCAGUACUGUUGGUGACGCGGCCAAAACCACCACCGUCCGGAGAUCAGAUACGGCCAUAUCGGACCCAGUGCCGACGUCACCAUCCACCUCACAACGGUCUAGGACAGUCUCGUCAGACCCCACAGGCGAUUCUUCCCGCUGUCACUACGCGCCGACGGGUGAGCCCGUAGCAACUAGGCUGCGGCGGACUCGUGCACAGCAGAGGCCAGUGCAUGAUUCUGCCGACUCCCAGGAGAGACGGCGGCUGGGUAAAAGACUCAGCCAACUUCAGCGUCAGGCGGCGGCUAGGUACCCUGAGUCUCGUACCUCUUCCGUAAAGAGGACGAGUAGCGGGUACAGCACUAGCCACGAAGGCGACUGUAAGUCUUCUACUAACCCACGGCCGCUAAGCGGUAGUAGUGACAACUGGAGGCCUCAGAAGCCGAUCUAUGCGCAGCGAUCUCCGUCGGGUCACGAAUCACAACCCGGAUGCAGCGGUUCGCCAUCACCGCAGCCGGUCUCGUCCAGGUUCUCGGCCUACAUGCCUCGAGACGAACAACAAUCCUCCCCGAGCUCACGGCCCGGAUCUCUGAAUCUGCCUGGAGUUUCUGGGCAAGAUUACGACAACAACGACUGGGAAGACGAGGAUCUACAUAGCGAACGUACUGGCUCAUCAUCCUCGCUUGACACGCGCGCGUCGAGUGGACGAAGUAGCGCCAUACCAUCCGUCCCCCAGUCCGUCACCAUCCAUAUCCCCCUCUAUCGGGCCGUACACCUCGUCGCCACCCACACGGGGUCGCCAGAUGGUAGAUCGUUCCUCACACCCUUAUCCUCACCCAUCUCCGCGCCCUUCACCUUCUCCUUCAGCCUCUCGGGCUCCUCUUCCCUCUCCGACUCCGUCGCACUCCCCGUCCCCGUCCGGAACCAGUGUAGCAACAGCCCGUCGCGCGGGUCCUGGGUCUCGGACCGGCCGCGACAGACGCGUCCGCCACUCAUAGAGCGGGUGCGGGAGCGGCUCGAGCAGGGCGUGCACCUGAGGCUCCAGAAGGCAGGGCGACGACCGCUGUCGAGCUUCCACGUGCGGCGGGUGGUCAAGUGCGAGGCGGCGACGCCGCUGGUACCGCCAGGGCCAGGGGCCGUCGGCCUUGUGGGCGAUUUGGCCGAAGUGGAGGCUGAUAUGGGCAUGCCUUUCGCGAUGCGGUGGCGGAACGAGAUGCUCAGGCGCGAGCGCGAGGAACAGGAGGAGCGGGAGCGCGAGAUCCAGAGGAGACAAGCCGAGGAGGACGAAAGGCGCAUGAGGGAGCGCGACGAGGAGACAGCGAGGAGGGAGAGCGGAAGCCGGCUCCGGCGCGAGAAGCGAAAGCCGCUGCCGCUGAAAGUCCCGCUACGCGACGAUUCGCUGUUCCUCGGCGACGCGGUCGCGACGCGGACCCCGGCGACAGACUCCUUCUUCGCGCCAGCGUGGUCGCAGGACUCGGCGCGGCGCUCUCAGCCGACGCUCCCGCCGCUGCCGCCCUCAGGAGCUAUCCGGUCUCCGCCAGCCUCCUCUGCACGCCCCGAAGCUCCGACGCAGCCGCCAUCGCCGCAUCCGCGCGACAGCGCGGACAGCUUUGACCCCGGCGACGAUGACGACGACCGCAACGACUUACCCAGCCGGCGGUCCUCGCGCAGCGGGAGCUGGGGCGAGGGCGAGGGCGAGGGCACACGGAGAGGAGGGGCUGACCCGCGUGCGAUGUUGGCGGACGAACUGACUGAGUCUCCGGAGUCACUGAUGCAGCGGAGAAGCGGGCUCUCCCAGAAGAGCGAGAAGCUGAAUUGGCUGUGA